AUGGAGGGUAAUAAUGCGGAGAUAAGGAUCAACACUGGUACUGGUAUUGAUAUAGAUAAAUUAGUUGAACAAUUUAGAGAAUUGAGUAUUAAAAAAAAAAUGAAUGAAAAUAACAAUGAGAAUAUUAAUCCCUUAGGUAUGGCAUCACUAAGGUCUAAUAGUAUACCUCCUAAGAUGAAUAUCAUGGAUGAUGAUCGACAAUAUAGUAAUGUUAUUAAGAGCAGUAAGCCGGAAACUAAUGAUUUCGAGGAUAGUUCCUUUAUGCAAUCUAGCACUAAAUCUAGUCAGACCAGUAUUAGAAACCAAAAUAGUAUUGUAACGGAUCAAAACAGUGUUAUCCAUCGACCUGAUGAACGAACUGAUGAUAAACCUUGGGCGAAUCGAAACCGUCAAACACAAGGAUCUGUUCGAGAUGAAUUGCAUGAUAUCUCUGGCGACAUACAAGAACCCAAUUCAAUGGAAGAUACUUUCAACCGUCAUAGUAAGAGAAAUGUAAUCUUAGGGCCUAUUAUUAAUAAUAAUCCAAAUGGAAUGACUAAAGAUAAUUCUAUAUCUGUUUCGAAUGAUGAUGAUAUGACUGAAGUGAGUGAAAAUAUUGGCAAUACCAAAUACCAAAAUAAUUUCGAUGAGUCUAAUGGACUGCCAGUAGGGAGUCAAAUUCUACCUGAUGAGAUGCAUAAACUCAAUUUGCCAGAUUCGAAAAUGAAUAGUAUGCCACCUGGCCAACAGUGGAAUAACAAAUAUCCCUUAUAUAUGAACGAAUCAAAUAAUCUCAUAAAUAGCCAGGUAAUGACAGAUGGGGAGUUUAAGCCAAGCUUUAAAGAUUCUAAGAUGAGUAGCAUACGAAGUAAGUCAAGUAAUUUAAGAAAUAGGCCUAGUAAUAAUACCACCGAACAACGUAUAGAUUGGAAAAUGCAUGAUAGUAGUAUGAUUGAUUCACCUGUACUUUUGGAAGAUUUUCAGCCACAAAGGAAAAAUAAUGCUAUAACACCUUUAACUACUGGCUCUACAUUAACUAAUGAAGAAAAUGGCAUGAACAAUUUAAAUUUGAAAAGAGAAGCAAAGAACGAAGACAAAGAUAAUUUAUUGGAGAUUCUUGAGAAAGAGAUUGCACCGCUCCGUGAGGAAUUAUGUUUAUAUGAAUUGGAAUAUGGUCAUGGAUUAGCUCUAUCAAAUGAUAUUGUAAAGAGACAAGGUGAUAAGUUGAAAUAUUUACGAUUAUUAUUCCCUCAUGUGGAUGAGAUUGUAUUAAAUGGAGUAGAUUCUCUAGAAGAUGUUCUAGAGGGGCUACCAAGACGAGUUUUUAGAUUAAUAAUGAAUGAUUGUAACAUUAUAGAGAAUUUGGAGAAAUUUAUGAAAUGUAAAUUUUAUGAUGUAGAAAUGAUUGGAUUAAAUAAUAAUAAAAUAGAUGAUGAUAUCUUAUACAAAGUAUUAAAUGGUAUGCUUCAUUUAAGAGAAAUAGAAUUAAAAAAUAAUUGUAUUAAGAGUUGUAAAACUUUUCAAGGUCAAAUAAAAUUAAACGAAAGAAUGAAAUAUUUAGAAAGAUUAGAAUUGAGUAAUAAUAAAUUGCAAGGUACCAUUGAUUUCCAACAGUGGAAACUUCCUCAUUUGGAAGAGGUAUAUUUGAAUAAUAAUAGGAUUGAAACAAUAAAGAAUAUCAAUUAUUUACCAAAAAUUCGAAUAUUGGAGAUUGAUAAUAAUGGAUUGAAAAAAAUUGAAGAACAAAUCAUUGGAGAAGCAUUACGAAAUUUAAGUAUGAAAGAUAAUUAUCAACUAAAGCUCGAUAGAUGUAAUCCAUUCCCAUAUGAAGGUUUGCAAUCAUUAGAAAUUGGCAAUCUUGAUCUUGUGGAAAAAGAAUUUAUAUUCCCCGCAAAUUUAAAGAGACUAAAAGUGUGUGGCCGGGAAAAUGUGCGGGUUCGAUUCCCUAUGGAACUAUUGGUACCGAAUAAAUUGAAGGUGUUACAUAUUGAGCAUUUUAUAGUGGAAGAACUACAGCAAAAGUGUCCCAGACAAAUCAAGAGAUGCCUAAGUAAUGAAAAUUUUCCACAGUUAGAGGAACUGGUGUUGAGGGAUUGUGGGCUAGAUGCGUUUGUAAAGAUAAUUGAAGUAAUACCAAAUGAACGCUUAGAAGUGCUAGACAUUCGGGAGAACAAUGAUUUGAAGUUUGAUUAUUAUGAUAAUGAGGAUACAUGGGUGAUAAAAGAGCUAGUCCCUAAUCUAAAGAAGUAUUAUAGGUAG